GGACGGUGGCGGUGAAUCCGAGGUGCACGGUAGUCGAGGCGCACUUUGCUCCGCUUGGCCCUGAGCCGCUUCCGCUUUACUUCCAAGCUGACGUGGGUUGAAUGCCGAGCGCCUGUCGCGUCACCCACUUACCCGCCUCCGUCCGCCAUUCAUCCACCUAUCCAUUCAUUCACAAGGGAAUAAGGGCAGUCGGUGGCCUUGUCGGUGUCCCUAAUCAGCCUCUUGGUAAACAUGGCAGGUUACCUCAGGGCUCUUAGCUCCGUGUCCAGGAGCGCCGUCGCUGCUGCUCUGUCGGAGUGCCCGGCGGUGCUGUCGUCGGCCGCCGUCUGCCAGCACCGGCUGCAACAGAGGAACUAUGCUACCAAGCGUAUCAAGGUGGACCAGCCGGUGGUGGAGAUGGACGGAGAUGAGAUGACCCGCAUCAUAUGGGAGUUCAUCAAAGAGAAGCUCAUCCUGUCCAAUGUGGAUGUCGAGCUGAAGUACUACGACCUGGGUCUGCCCUUCCGAGACCAGACGAACGACCAGGUCACCAUUGACUCUGCCCUCGCCACCAAGAAAUACAACGUGGCCGUCAAGUGUGCCACCAUCACCCCGGACGAGGCCAGAGUUGAGGAAUUCAAGCUAAAGAAGAUGUGGAAGAGCCCUAACGGCACCAUCAGAAACAUCCUGGGCGGCACAGUUUUCCGCGAGCCGAUCCUCUGUAAAAACAUUCCCCGUCUGGUUCCUGGUUGGACACAGCCCAUAACAAUCGGCAGGCAUGCCUUCGGCGAUCAGUACAGGGCUACAGACUUUGUCAUCGACCAGCCUGGCAAGUUCAAGAUUGUUUUUACACCCACCGAUGGAGGCCAGAGCAAAGAGUGGGAGGUGUACGACUUUCCCGCUGGUGGCUGUGGGAUGGGAAUGUACAACACUGAUGAGUCCAUCACUGGAUUUGCUCACAGCUGCUUCCAGUACGCCAUCCAGAAGGGGUGGCCUCUGUACAUGAGCACGAAGAACACCAUCCUCAAGGCCUACGAUGGGCGCUUCAAAGACAUCUUCCAGGAGAUCUUUGAGAAGAGCUACAAACCAGAGUUUGACAAGCUGAAGAUCUGGUAUGAGCACCGUCUCAUCGAUGACAUGGUCGCCCAGGUCCUAAAGUCCUCUGGAGGUUUUGUUUGGGCCUGCAAGAACUACGACGGAGACGUGCAGUCAGAUAUUCUGGCUCAGGGAUUUGGCUCUCUAGGUCUCAUGACAUCAGUGCUUGUGUGUCCUGAUGGCAAAACCAUCGAGGCUGAGGCUGCUCAUGGCACCGUCACCAGGCACUAUCGUGAGCACCAGAGGGGAAGACCAACCAGUACCAACCCCAUUGCCAGCAUCUUUGCCUGGACCAGGGGGCUGGAGCACAGAGGCAAACUGGAUGGAAACCCUGAUUUGAUAAAGUUCUCCCAGACUUUAGAAAAGGUCUGUGUGGAGACGGUGGAAAACGGUGUGAUGACCAAGGACCUUGCAGGCUGCAUCCACGGCUUGGCCAACUGCAAGCUGAAUGAACAUUAUGUGAACACGUCAGACUUCCUGGAUGCCAUCAAGACCAACCUGGACAAAGCUCUGGGGAAAUGAGGAACAAGCAGCAGAUACACUGCCCAGCUUUGAGAUGACCAUUUCCUCCCGUCCACAUUUUUUUAGCACAUUUUUACCCUCUUGUUUGUAUGAAACAAUCUUGAAGGAACUUUCUAUUUGUGCCAUUGCAGUAUUUGGACAGCUCAUUUUCAUGCUGUCUUUGUACCUGUCUGCCUCUCCUAUUGCCAAGGUUCCAUUUUUGUACCACACAAUCUAUAAUGUGUCAAUCAAUAUUAUUGCUACUGUUUUUAAGUUACAACGGUCAUUUUAAAGAAGUGACAAGAAAUUUUUCAUAUUUGAUUAGAAGACAACUUAAGGAAAUACAGUAUGCACAAACUGCAAUAUUAAUAUAUACAAUAUAUUAAUGUCAUGUUUUAUGUACAGUUGCACUGCCUGUGCAGUCCUAAAAAAAA